ACCAGUCAGAUGUGCCCCCAGGAGAGUUCUUUCCAACUCUCCCAGUUCCUACUGUUCGUGGGGGUCCCAGUGGCAAGUGUCAUCUUUCUGGCCCAGUGCCUUUGAUGGCACUGUCCUAGAUGGAGGCUGGGGGUCUGCAGGAAGCCAGAUGGCCAACAGGAACCAGAGUCCCAGCCUGUCCCCCUACCAGAAAAUGAGGCCCCCAGGCAGGGCCUGCCAGCCACGCUGCCAGAGUUGGCUGCCUUCUACCAGGAACUGCACACACCCACUCAGGGCCAGACCGUCAUCCGCCAGCUGAUGCACAAGCUGUUGGUGUUUUCGGCUCGAGAGGUGGAUCACCGGGGUGGUUGCCUGAUGCUCCAGGAUACAGGCAUCUCCCUGCUCAUCCCACCAGGUGCUGUGGCUGUGGGCCGCCAGGAGCGGGUGUCUUUGGUCCUGGUGUGGGACCUGUCAGAUGCCCCGUUGCUGUCUCGAGCCCAGGGGCUGGUCAGCCCUGUGGUUGCAUGUGGCCCCCAUGGGGCCUCCUUCCUGAAGCCUUGCACCCUCACAUUCAAACACUGUGCCCAGCAGCCCAGCCACGCCCGCACCUACAGUAGCAAUACUACCCUGCUCGAUGCCAAGGCCUGGAAGCCCCUGGGGCGGCCAGGGGCCCACACUUCUCGGGAUGAAUGUCGCAUCGACCUCUCCCACUUCAGCCUCUACACCUGUGUGCUGGAGGCACCUGCAGGGCACACCGCCCGCAAAUGGCUACAGCUGGCCGUGUUCUGCUCCCCGCUGGCACCAGGGCAGUCCCAUCUGCAGCUGCGCGUCUACUUCCUCAACAACACGCCCUGUGCCCUGCAAUGGGCCCUGACCAAUGAGCAGCCCCACGGUGGCCGCUUGCGUGGCCCCUGCCAGCUCUUUGACUUCACUGGGGCCAGAGGUGACCAGUGUCUGAAGCUCAAGUACAUCUCAGAGGGUUGGGAGAAUGUGGAUGACAGCAGUUGCCAGCUGGUCCCCCAUCUCCACAUCUGGCAUGGAAAGUGUCCCUUCCGCUCCUUCUGCUUCCGGAGAAAAGCAGCCACUGGGAUUGAGGACUGCUCAGCACUAACCAAUGAGAUCAUUGUCACCAUGCACACCUUCCAGGAUGGCUUGGAGACCAAGUACAUGGAAAUCCUCAGAUUUCAGGCAUCAGAGGAGGAAUCUUGGGCAGUGCCACCCCCUGUCUCCCAGCCACCCCCAUGUAAUAGGCUGCCCCCAGAACUCUUUGAGCAGCUACAGAUGUUGUUGGAGCCAAACAGCAUCUCGGGCAAUGACUGGCGCAGACUGGCCUCCCACUUGGGUCUCUGUGGCAUGAAAAUCCGGUUCCUGUCCUGUCAGCGCAGCCCUGCGGCGGCCGUCCUAGAGCUGUUUGAGGAGCAAAACGGCAGCCUGCAGGAGUUGCACUACCUCAUGACGGUCAUGGAGCGGCUGGACUGCGCCUCUGCCAUCCAGAGCUACCUGAGCGGGACGCAGACCGGCAGCCCAGAGUCCGUCCGCGGGGUCGCCCGCGACAGCCAGGGCCUGGAGCUGGACGAGAAGCUCUGAGCGUGCUCUGGACAGAGGGAGCACGAGAGGGGUGUGCCUCG